AUGCAGUCCGCCAGCAACGCAGAAGAAACCAGCACCCAAAUCAAAGAAGACCCAGAGAUCAACAUCUUCGGCUUCGAACUCCAGCCCUUGUCUGCCGCUCAAAAGCAGCAAUUCGAUGUUGCUUCAAAAAUGCCCAAGCGAAAGUUUUUGAAUUUGGACGAUCCAAGGCCUUACAACAUCGUUCCAGUCGACCUGAAGAUUAAGGAGAUCAUCAAAUAUCUCCUCGUCGAUGAUUUACGAAUGGGAAACGAUAUCAUUCACUGGACUUUCACUGAUCCUUCUGGCGACUUCUCCUGGUUGACUUCAAUUCAGCGACACGAAAUCUUUCCUUAUUUUCUCUACAAAGCGGUAUGGGACGAAGACUUCGAAGCGAUUCAGUGGGGCGAUCACAAUCAAGGAGAAACGAUACUCGUUAACUUCGAGCUCCUCUUCCUGUUUGCAAGAGGUCACGGACAAUUUGCUUCUUACCGUCCACCAAGCUACCAGGACGACUUUAUCCCCGGACAGCCAAACCGACUUGAGCACAAUCUCGUGCACAUUUACGGCUUCAACGGAAUCGGCUGUUGCAAUUUGGAGGAGGAUCGCGUUUUGAACGAGCGAUCUCACGUCCUUGACGAUUUCUUCGAAAAGCUCGACAAAAUCUGUCAAAAGUACAACCUUAAUUCGAAAGGGCGAUGGCACGAGUUCCACCACUCGGACUUCUAUCAAGCCGAUAAUCCUUUGAUCGAGGAUCGGCACAGACCAAAGCGAAAGAACUCGAAGUUCUUUAAAAUCUGCCAGACACUGAAGUUCGACUAUCGCGUCCGAAAAAUUUGCUUCGAGAAAAACGCCGAAGACAAAGUCCCCAAGCCGAUCCGAAAGAAGCCUGAACGAGUGCAAAGUAACGCCUCUAACAAAGCGAAACGCACUCAAUCUCGCUCCACAGUUUCCUCUUUGGCUUCUGCCUCGGCUGACCGGGCGAUCUCCCCCGAACGCGUUCCAAUCGGUUAG